AUGAAAGGUUUACGUGAUAACAAUGGACGUAACAACAACAACAACAAUAAUAAUAGUAAUAAUUGUUUGAAUAUCAAUCAGUUACCACAUACUCUGUUGAUUCAUAUCCUUUUGAAUGUUCAUGGUGGAUUGGAAUUCCUGCUCAAUGCACUACUACAAACACAUCAUAAUAACAAUACAUGUAAACAACAACAACAGCAACAACAGCAACAACAACAACAAACUAGUUAUAGAGAUAGUAAUAAUAUUUCAACUGGUAUCAAUACAAGUUUCAACUCACUGAGUAAUUAUAAUUCAUCAAUGAGUAGUUUAAGUACUAUGUCAUCGGCGACAACAUCAACAACCAAUCAAAACAAUGCAAUUAAUAUUAUGGAUAAAUCGAUUGUUAAAAACUAUUUGUAUUCUUUGGAGUUGAGUAACAAUGCAAAGCUGGGUUUCGAAUCGAUUGCACCAUUGUUGGCUCGACUGGAACGACUCUCGGAGAUAAGAAUUGCCAAUGUGCAGUUGUCUUCCGACGGGCUGCUGGCGUUUCUCGAUCUGCUAAAGUCAUCGCGAACACUCAAUGUAAUCGAUCUCUCGAAUAACUUUAUUAAUCCACGUGGUGUAGAGACUAUCGCCUCACUUUUCAACAACGAAAUUAAAUCGGCGGGUGCAGCCGACCUCGCAAAGGCAAUACGCUCGAAUCGCAGUCUUUUGUUUUGCGAUCUUUCAUUCAACGGAAUCAACGACAAGGGUGGAUCGACACUCCUCAAAGUGGUAUCCGAAUUCAACUACACAAUACAAUUGGAUCUCAGUGGUAAUCCAAUCACUUUGAAAUGUCAACAACAAUUUCGCAGUGGUAAUUCCUCUAAAAAUGAUUGUAAUCUAAUAAUUCCACCAAGACCUGGUGCUGCUGGUUACAAAGCACAGGAUUGGGAUCCAUCUACUUACAUUUGGUCAGGUCGUUUAGUAAUCGUUGCCAAAGGUGAUUUCUGUAAUAUAAAAUUUGAAGACAACGCAACCGGUGAAAUAUUUGCUCAGUGUCCAGUUGAUCAAAACUCUGUUGAACCUGUCAUUGACAGUAGUCGUUAUUUCGUCAUUAAAAUUAAAGAUGGAGAUCGUCAUGCUGUUGUUGGUAUGGGAUUCACAGACAGAGGUGAUGCAUUCGAUUUUAAUGUAACUUUGCAAGAUCAUCAAAAUUAUGUAAAGAAUAAGAAACAAUCGUAUUUGGCAAGACAGAAUAUGGAUAAUCAACCAAAAAAAGACUAUAGUUUGAAAACAGGUCAGACCAUUCACAUUCCAUUUAAAGCAGGUGGUACCACCACUGCAAGCCCACAAAGACCAGCUUCAUCCGGUGCCCCAGUACUCACAGGAGCCAGUGGUAAUGGCGGUUUCCUCUUGUCGCCACCUCCUCCUGCCGGUGGUCGCUCAGUCAGACAACAACAACCACAACAACAACAAAACAAUCAAUUCUCAUUCCAACAACAACAAUCACCACCACAACAACAACAACAGCAACAACAACAACAACAAUGGGGAUCAAAUCCAUUCUUUUAG